UGUGUAAAAAAAAAAAAACCUUCAGAUUGUCAACAAAUCUUGAUGUAGUACGGCUUGUGUGUUGAAAUUCUUCACCGCGUUUAAAUGACAGCUCUACACUGAAGGCGAAAAAAUUAGAGAAAGGAGCUUUAUCAACCAAUGUGGCAAACUCUUAGCUCAGUCUUUGCGCGCUAACAGUCUGAAACCUGACGCAGCUAGCGAGCUAGCAUUAGCUGCCCGGAUGCGGUGAGAAGCGCCUGGGGAAGCGAACGGCAGCGCGGCUUCUUGCUACGGGACGGGAAGGGCCUCGAACAGGAGGAGCUCAGGGGCGACUGGAAAGAUGUCAGGCUGUCGGCAACAGCAGCAGCCGGGCGGUACUUCGGGGUCUGUACCGGGAACGAGCGCGGGGAGCACGGCCACUGCUAACAGUGCUAAUACCGGAGGGAGCAGCGCUAAUGCUAACGGCAACGGCGUUUCUUCACGGAGUCUCGGCAGCGAGGCGCAGCUCCAGGGCGCACAGAGAUCCGGCCACAGCAAGAAGAGACCCCUGUACAACGGCCUGAUUAAUCCGUAUGAAGAUAAAAGUAAUGAUUUCGUGUGUCCCAUCUGUUUCGACAUGAUAGAGGAAGCGCAUAUGACUAAAUGCGGUCACAGUUUCUGUUAUAAAUGUAUACGACGGAGUUUAGAGGACAGCAACAGAUGUCCGAAAUGUAAUUACAUUAUUGACAAUGUGGAUCAGCUGUACCCCAACUUCUUAGUUAAUGAGCUGAUCCUCAAACAGAAACAGAGAUGCGAAGAGAAGCGACUGAAACGGGACCACCCUAAUGGAACCAAAUGGCAGUUUUUCCAAGAUGUUCUUGGCACAGACCAGGAGCAUCUGGAUUUAGCAAAUGUCAAUUACAUGUUGGAGCUGCUGGUGCAGAAAAAGAAACAGCUUGAAGCGGAAUCACAAGCAGCUCAGCGUCAAAUCCUAAUGGAGUUCUUGAAAGAAGCUAGAAGAAAUAAGAGAGAGCAACUGGAGCAAUUACAGAAAGAAUUGAACUUUUUGGAAGAGGACAUAAAGAGUGUCCAGGAUAUGAGUGGGCUGUACUCACCGGUUAUGGAUAUGGACCCCAACCUGGACAGCACAGUUCCACAGUUUGGAGAAGCACACUCUCCUGCACCCAGCUGUAGCAUCAUUGAAAACACAGACUAUAUUCAGCCUCCCCAGUUUGGAGCAAGCUCACAGGUAAACUUGCCAAAGGGUAAAAGACAGACAUCAUACAAUAGCACUCUGGCCUCUCGGAGGAAGCGGCUAACAGCGCACUUUGAAGACCUGGAGCAGUGUUACUUUUCAAACAGGAUGUCGCGUAUCACAGAUGACAGCCGAACUGUUAACCAGCUGGACGACUUCAUGGAGUGUCUCUCCAAGUUCACACGUUACAACUCUGUACGCCCUCUGGCCACUUUGUCUUAUGCAAGUGAUCUCUACAAUGGCUCUAGUAUUGUUUCUAGUAUUGAGUUUGACCGUGACUGUGAUUAUUUCGCCAUUGCUGGUGUUACCAAGAAAAUUAAAGUUUUUGAAUAUGGAACAGUGAUCCAGGAUGCUGUGGACAUUCAUUAUCCUGUCAAUGAAAUGACGUGCAACUCUAAAAUAAGCUGCAUUAGCUGGAGUAGCUACCACAAGAACCUGUUGGCAAGCAGCGACUAUGAGGGAACUGUGAUUCUUUGGGAUGGAUUUACAGGGCAGAGGUCAAAAGUUUAUCAGGAGCAUGAGAAAAGAUGUUGGAGUGUUGAUUUCAAUCUUAUGGAUCCCAAACUUUUGGCUUCAGGCUCAGAUGAUGCAAAAGUCAAGUUGUGGUCUACUAACCUGGAUAACUCAGUUGCCAGCAUUGAAGCUAAGGCCAAUGUGUGCUGUGUCAAAUUCAGCCCAACAUCUAGGUAUCACCUUGCAUUUGGCUGUGCAGACCACUGUGUCCACUACUAUGAUUUGCGGAACACUAAGCAGCCUAUCAUGGUCUUCAAAGGUCACCGGAAGGCUGUGUCCUAUGCCAAGUUCGUCAAUGGAGAAGAGAUUGUGUCUGCCUCCACAGAUAGCCAGCUAAAGCUGUGGAAUGUGAACAAGCCUCACUGCCUGCGCUCUUUCAAAGGCCACAUUAAUGAGAAAAACUUUGUAGGUCUGGCCUCCAAUGGAGACUAUGUAGCAUGUGGAAGUGAGAACAACUCCCUAUACCUGUACUACAAGGGGCUCUCCAAAACAUUGCUGACCUUCAAGUUUGACACUGUGAAGAGCGUUCUGGACAAGGACAAGAAGGAAGACGACACUAAUGAGUUUGUCAGUGCCGUAUGCUGGCGGGCAUUACCAGAUGGGGAGUCGAAUGUCCUGAUUGCAGCCAACAGUCAAGGGACAAUCAAGGUACUCGAGCUAAUUUGAAAGUCUACUAGAAACAAUCAUCAGAUCCUCGUGUCAAACCAGGGAAGUUUAUCAUACGGAAUGUGACUGAAUACAAAAGGAAAAAACAACAACAACUUUCGUCUCUGACACUGAUAUUUUCAAAAAGAAGUGUGCUCCAGUAUCAGGACCAUUUGAGACCUCCAGGGAGUAGAUGUGGACAUUUCUGGUAAAAAAAUGAAAAGGGUGACUCUUCUUUCAAAAGCCUCUGUGGAGUAAAAUGCUCAAAUGCUCAAUUGAAGACAUUAAUAAACCAAGACUGAGGCUUAAGUAGAGGCAAUGUGACAAAUGUUAGAGCUAUGUGAGUACAAAGCCAAAGCACAAGACCAGAACACAAUGAAUUCUCUUUUUUUUUUUUUUUUUUUGGUUGUUGUAGAAAUAAUCAAUCGCUACAUCAUUCUUUUGUGCCUCUAGUAUCCAUGUAUUCUUUUCAUUUGAUACAGUGUCUGACUAAAAGUUGCUCUGUUUGGCUGAUGCCCCGGACUCUUCAAAGUAAUACUGGGCCUUCGUUAGUUUGUUGCUUGUGUCAAGGGACCUUGGGAUUUGGCUGCCUCAUCCAAAUAAGGCAGAUUUCCUUUAAAUACUUUCUUAGUCAUGUGAAAAGGAAGAUACUAAACUGUUUUUUAACUUUACUGUCAUUAGUUGCCAUGACUUACUUAUUCUUUUCCCCCUUUGUGGGCAUAUUUUGUCAAACGUAGGGAUGAAUAAGAUGUUAUGAUGACACUAUGUAUUCUCUACUGGGAUUAUUUAACAAUCACCCAAAAACAUUGCUGCUCUUUUUAUCCUUAAAUUUCUGUACAAGUAUUAUUUAUUUUUUUAAUUUAUAGAACGCCGUGAACUUCACACCCAAAUAUAGAGUGUAGGGUUUUUUUGGAGCUUGGAUUUCUGUUGCAUCCCAGUAAUUCCCUUCUGUGUACCCAUUCUAUGAUUUUUAACCCAUUCAUUUGAAUGAAUAAAUGAUUCUCUUUGCA